AUGUCUGUUUCCAACAGCAGCAAUUCCCUCCCAACUACCAUAUUCUUGACAGGUAUUCCAGGACUAGAGCACGCCUACAUGUGGAUAUCUAUUCCCUUCUGUGCCAUGUAUAUGGUGGCUCUGACCGGGAACUUGAUCCUCAUCUUGGUCAUAUCUACGGAUCACAGUCUCCACAGUCCAAUGUACCUUUUCCUCUGUCUACUCUCAUUUACAGACUUAGCCCUCAGUUCCACUACAGUGCCCAAAAUGUUGGCAAUCCUGUGGCUUCAUGCUGGUCAGAUCACUUUUGGAGGCUGUCUGGCCCAGAUGUUCUUUGUCCACUCCAUAUUUGCUCUAGAGUCCUCUGUCCUCCUGGCUAUGGCAUUUGACCGCUAUGUGGCCAUCUGCAACCCACUGAGAUACACAACCAUCCUCAAUCACGGUGUCAUUGUCAAGAUUGCCUUUGCUGGAUUAAUUAGGAGUGUGACUAUUGUCUCCCCAUUCAUCUUCCUGUUGCAGAGGCUCCCAUAUUGCGGGCACCAUAUCAUGGCCCACACAUACUGUGAACAUAUGGGCAUUGCCCGGCUGGCCUGUGCUGAUAUCACAGUGAAUAUUGUCUAUGGCCUGACUGUGGCCCUUUUGGCCAUGGGUUUGGAUUCUAUGCUCAUAGCAAUAUCUUAUUCUGUCAUUCUCCAUGCUGUAUUCCGUCUUCCAUCCCGUGAGGCACGACGCAAGGCUCUAGGAACAUGUGGGACCCACAUUGGAGUCAUCCUUGUUUUCUAUAUACCUGCUUUCUUCUCUUUCCUCACUCAUCGCUUUGGCCGCCAUCGUGUCCCCAGGCAUGUCCAUAUUUUUCUGGCCAACCUCUAUGUGUUGGUGCCACCUGUGCUCAAUCCCAUUAUCUAUGGGGCCAAGACCAAAGAGAUCCAGAGAAGAAUCCUGAGGCUAAUGUCUCCAGGUCAAGACUUUGUUUGA